CCCGUCGGUCUCAAGGUAACAGAUCGAGCCUUUCACCACCAAGAUGUUUGCUCUGCAACACUUUAUGGUGAUUCAUGUGUUGACAUUCCUCGGGCAAAAUGGUAAGUUGCCAUUAGUCCUUGGAAGUAAAAUUAUAGAUGGGAAAAUAGCCCCAGACAACGAAAUGCUGUAUAUGGCAUCAGUGCAGGAUUACAGAGGCAACCAUGUUUGUGGAGGAUUUCUUGUGUCUGAGGACUUUGUAAUGACUGCUGCACACUGUGACCUGAAUCUUAAACGUGUAGUUCUUGGUAACCACAACCUCACGAAGGCUGAGAAGAAAAUGAAGAUUGCCAAGAAAUACAAACAUCCAAAUUAUAAGAAUGUUGGCCAUGGAUAUGACAUCAUGCUUCUAAAACUGUCUACACCUGUCCAACCAAGCAAAAGAAUUCAAUUCAUUCGACUUCCCUUCCGUGAAAUGACAUUAAAGGAAAAUGAGAAAUGCCAAGUGGCUGGAUGGGGUAAGAUAAACACUAAUGGUAGUGUUGUUGAUGACCUGAGAGUGGUGGAUGUGUCGGUCAUCAGCCCACAAGUCUGCAGGGAAGAAUGGGGUGGUCUUCCUUCCAAAAUUAUCUGUGCUGGUGGAUACAAAACACCAAAAGGAUUCUGUCAGGGUGAUUCUGGUGGUCCUCUGGUCUGCAAGGGAAUGGCUGUCGGUAUUGUUUCUUACAACAGGAAGAUUGAUAAAAACCUGGGACAGUGUGACUAUCCGGAUCGUCCCAAUGUCUAUACAGAUAUCUCAAAACACCUUGAUUGGAUCAGGAUGAUUCUCCAGGGGGAAAAAAGUUAA